CACUUCCUCCCUCUUUUUUUUUCUUUCAAAAAGUCUAUCUUCUCUAGCUGAAAAUCAAAGUCUAAUCACUGCAGAAAUUCACACAAAUCAAUGUUGAAUUCUUGGGCUUAAAAUUUUUCGAAUUCAAACCAUUUGUUAAUUACUCCACUGGCACUCCCUUCCGAAAAUCCGGAAGAAAGAAUCCAAAUCUUCAAACAUGGCUUCACCGGUUCUUCUUCUGGUGUAUCUCCUCGCCGCCGCCGCCGCCUUAUCGUCCUUUUCCGGAGCAGAACUUACGCGGGGAAUAGGAAUCUGUUACGGCCAGCUGGGGAAUAAUCUCCCCGUCCCUGCGAAAUCUGUGGAGCUCAUCCAUGGCCUUAAGGCCAAACGGGUCAAGAUCUACGAUGCCAACCCGGAAAUCCUCAAAUCUCUUCAAGAUUCCGACCUCCAAGUCUCCGCCAUGGUCCCCAACGAGCUCAUCCCCAGAAUCUCCUCCGAUCAGAACUUCGCCGACCGCUGGGUUCUCACCAACAUUGCCCCCUUCUACCCGCGAACAAUGAUCCGGUACCUUCUCGUCGGGAACGAGAUCCUCAGCAACCCGCCCAACACUACCUGGUUCCGCCUCGUCCCCGCCAUGCGCAAUAUCCGGCGAUCUCUCCGCAAGUUUCGGCUCCGGAAGGUCAAAGUCGGCACUCCGCUGGCCAUGGACAUGUUGGAGUCUUCCUUCCCGCCGUCCAACGGAACUUUCCGGUCAGACCUCACCGACGGCGUUUUCCGGCCGCUGUUACGCUUCCUGAACGAUUCUAGAUCCUUCUUCUUCUUCGACGUUUACCCGUACUUCGCUUGGGCGGCUCAACCCGAAUCCAUUGAUUUGGACUACAGUCUCUUGAAGCCCACGAAUGUGACCUAUUCGGAUCCGGUUUCGGGUCUGACGUACACCAAUUUACUGGACCAGAUGAUCGAUUCGGUUUACUCCGCCAUGAACCGGCUCGGGUACCCGGAUCUUCGACUUUUCAUAGCGGAAACGGGUUGGCCCAACGCCGGCGACGUCGAUCAGAUCGGAGCGAACAUUUACAACGCGGCCACGUACAACCGGAAUAUUGUGAAGAAGUUCUACGCCAAGCCGCCGAUCGGGACGCCGGCGAAGCCGGGAGUGGGGGUGCCGACCAUGAUUUUCGCUCUGUUCAACGAGAACCAGAAGCCGGGGCCGGGAACGGAGCGGCAUUUCGGGCUGUUGCACCCGAACGGAAGCAACGUGUACGAGAUCGAUCUGUCCGGGAAGACGCCGGAGUCGGAGUUCAAGCCGCUGCCGAAGCCGCGGAACAACAAGCCGCCGAAAGGGAGGUUCUGGUGCGUGGUGGCGCCGGGGGUGGGGAAUAUGACUGCGGUGGAUGCCGCCAAGUCAUGGGCCUGCGGGCAGGGUAAUGGGCUCUGCGACCAGAUCCAAGAGGGUGGGAAGUGUUAUAGCCCCAAGAAUUUGACCCAAAGUGCAAGCUACGCAUUUAGUGCUUAUUGGGCCAAGUUUAAGAGUGUAGGUGGGACCUGCGACUUCAAUGGCGUUGCCAAAAUGACACGCAAGAACCCAAGCCAUGGGGGGUGCAGGUUUCCAAGUGUGACCUUUCGUUGACAUAUCCAAACUUUCAUACCUGGGAAAAGAGAAGAAAGAAAGCCUACCAAUUCACACACGAGGGAGUCUAUGAACACACUGAGAUCCCACUUACUACUAUAUUAUCCAAGU